AUGAAAUUAGAAAACAAAACAGAUAUAGCAGAAUUCCUCCUCCUGGGCCUCUCAGAGAAUCCAGAACUGCAGCCCCUCCUCUUUGGGCUGUUCCUGACCGUAUACCUGGCCACUGUGCUUGGAAAUCUGUUCAUCAUCCUGGCCAUCAGCUCAGACUCCCACCUCCACACCCCCAUGUACUUCUUCCUCUCCAACCUGCCCUUCAAUGACAUCUGUUUCAGCACCGCCACGGUCCCCAAGAUGCUGGUGAACAUUCAGACACAGAGCAAAUCCAGCAGUUACACAGGCUGCCUCACCCAGAUCUGCUUUGGUUUGGUUUUUGCUGGUUUGGAAAAUGGUCUCCUUGCAGCAAUGACCUAUGACCGCUAUGUGGCCAUAUGUCAGCCACUGAGGUACACAGUCAUCAUGAAUCCCUGCUUCCGUGGCCUGCUAAUUCUACCGUCCUUGUUCAUUAGCAUCAUGAAUGCCCUGCUCCAUAGUCUGAUGGUGUUGUAUCUGUCCUUCUGCAUAGACCUGGAAAUCCCUCACUUCUUCUGUGAACCUGGUCAAGUCCUCAAGCUGGCCUGUUCGGAUACCCUCAUCAAUAAUAUCCUAGAAUUUUUUGUGACUAGUGUUUGGGGUGGUGUUACUCUCCUUGGGAUCAUUUUCUUACAUUCAAAUUUCCUCCUCCAUUUUGAGAAUCGCAUCAGCUGGAGGAAAGUAUAA